AUGGCAGAACGCUCCCCGUUGCACAAACAGGGCUCCACCUCUACAGUUGCUGCUGAGAAGCCCCCAGGAUCAAAGGUCGCCGAGGUGGGCGAUGAUUUCCUGGGAGACUUCGUGGUGGGUGAACGCGUCUGGGUGAACGGAGUGAAGCCAGGAGUGAUCCAGUAUCUGGGAGAGACCCAGUUUGCCCCUGGACAGUGGGCGGGGGUAGUUCUGGAUGACCCGGUUGGGAAGAACGACGGCUCCGUGGGUGGCAUGCGCUACUUCGAGUGCCAGCCGCUGCAGGGGAUUUUCACGCGGCCUUCCAAGCUGACCCGUCAGCCCACGGCGGAGGGCUCGGGGAGCGACACCCACUCCGUGGAGUCCCUGACUGCUCAGAACUUGUCCCUCCAUUCGGGGACAUCCACGCCACCUCUCUCCACCCGUGUCAUUCCGCUGCGGGAGAGCGUCCUCAACAGCACCAUGAAGACGGGGAACGAAUCCGGAUCGAACCUGUCGGACAGCGGGUCGGUGAAGAAAGGGGAUAAAGAUUUCCGGCUUGGAGACCGUGUCCUUGUUGGUGGAACAAAAACGGGUGUUGUGCGCUAUGUGGGGGAGACGGAUUUUGCCAAAGGAGAGUGGUGCGGAGUGGAACUGGAUGAACCGCUGGGGAAGAAUGACGGUGCCGUGGCCGGAACAAGAUAUUUCCAGUGCCCGCCCAAGUUUGGCCUCUUUGCUCCUAUUCACAAGGUGAUCCGGAUCGGCUUCCCCUCCACCAGCCCCGCCAAAGCCAAGAAGAGCAAGAGGCUGGCCAUGGGCGUCUCGGCCUUGACCCACAGCCCCAGCAGCUCCUCCAUCAGCUCCGUCAGUUCGGUGGCCUCCUCUGUCGGGGGACGACCCAGCCGAAGCGGAUUACUGACGGAGACGUCUUCGCGCUACGCCCGGAAGAUCUCCGGCACGACAGCCCUGCAGGAGGCUCUGAAGGAGAAACAGCAGCACAUUGAGCAGUUGCUCGCGGAGCGGGACCUGGAGAGAGCCGAGGUUGCCAAGGCGACGAGUCGCAUCUGCGAGGUGGAGAAGGAGAUCGCCAUCCUGAAGGCCCAGCAUGAACAGUAUAUUGCUGAAGCAGAGGGGAAUUUGCAGCGAGCCCGGACCCUGCUCGAUGGAGCGCAGAAGGAGAAAGUCGAGUUGCUGAACCAGUUAGAAGAGGAGAAAAGGAAGGUUGAAGACCUCCAGUUUCGUGUGGAGGAAGAGUCCAUUACAAAGGGAGACUUGGAGACUCAGACCCAGCUGGAGCAUGCCCGAAUACGGGAGCUCGAGCAGAGCCUCCUGUUUGAGAAGACACAGGCUGAAAAGCUUCUCAAAGAGUUGGAGGACGCCAGGUUGACCACGGUAGCAGAACAAUCCAGAAUCCUCCAACUAGAGGAAGAACUGAGCUUAAGGAAGAGCGAAGUGGAGGAACUGAGGCAGUGCCUCAAAAACUCUCACCAGCCGGAUUCUCCGGAUCACAGUCUGGGCCUGCAGACAGAAGCCCUCCGCUUGCGAGACCAGUUGCUUUCCGCUAAUAAAGAGCACCAGAAAGAGAGUGUCCACCUGAAGGAGAAGUACGAGAAAACCUUGAAAAAACAUCAACAGGAAGGUGAGAAGCUGAAAGCCCUCAAUGAGAAAUACUCUCAGGAAAUCGUAGACCUCAAGCAGAGAGUUCAGCAAGCCACCAAUGAGAAUAUGGGGUUGAUGGACAACUGGAAGUCCAAGCUGGACACUUUAGCAUCUGACCACCAGAAGUCCCUGGAGGAUCUCAAAGCUACCUUGAACACGGGUCCUGACUCCCAGCAGAAGGAGAUUGUGGAGCUGAAGGCCAUCGUGGAGAGCGUCAAGAUGGAGCACCAGCUGGAACUAGAGAAUCUCAAAGCCAAGCAUGACAUCGAGACUGCGGUUCACAUUAAAGAAAAGGAGGGCCUGAAGCUAAAGCUGCAAGAAGCCAAGGAUGAGGUCGAAGAAAGCGGUAAUAACUGGAAGAUGCAGCUGGAAACCAAAGCCAACCAGCACCUCCUCGAGCUUCAGGACCUGAAGGAGAAGUGUCGAGACGCGGAUUUCCGAGUGCACGAAUUGGAGAAGCUGCAUGGUGACUACAAGGACCAAGCGCAAGCCAUCGGUUUCUUGAAAGAGCAGAUCUCCCUGGCCGAGAAAAAGAUGCUAGACUAUGAGACACUGCAGAAAACCGAAGCCCAGAGUAAGCAAGAGGUCCAGCGGCUGCAGGAGAAAAUCCUCGUUCUGGAGAACAAGUUGCAGUGUGCGGAGACUCUCCAUCCUUCUCAACAUGCAAACAUGAUUGAGACGAAUGACAUUUCUGAAGAAAAGAUCAAGAUGAAGCAGAUGAUGGAAGAUCUCCAGGACAGGCUGAGCAAGAAGGACAAAGAGGUCUCCUCGCUCAUCUCCCAGACGGACACUUUAAGGGCCCAAGUAAGUGCACUGGAAAACAGAUGCAAAAGUACAGAGAAGAAGGCAGACGGUCUCUUGAAAGAGAAGAAGAGGUUGGAGUCAGAACUCGAAACAGUCUCCAAGAAAACCCACGAUGCUUCUGGACAGCUGGUGCUGAUCAGCCAGGAGCUACUAAAAAAAGAAAGAAGCCUCAACGAACUGCGUGCUCUGCUCUUGGAAGCCAACCGACAUUCGCCUGGGCCCGAGCGGGACUUGAGCCGUGAAGUACAUAAAGCCGAAUGGCGGCUGAAGGAGCAGAAGCUCAAAGACGACAUCAAAGGCCUAAGGGAGAAGCUGAUUAUUCUGGAUAAGGAGAAAUCAGUAACGGAUCAGAGGCGAUAUUCUCUGAUAGACCCUUCGUCGGAGUCGGAGGUCCUCCGGUUGCAGCAUCGGCUGGUUAGCACCGAGGACGUCCUGCGAAAUGCCUUGGAGCAGGGCCAGCAGAUGGAGAAGCUGAUGGAGGCGAUGAGGACUUGUCCCGAAAAAACACAGACAAUUGGAAAUUCUGGCUCUGCAAAUGGGAUCCAUCAGCAGGAUAAAUCUCACAAGCAGGAGGAGAAGCACUGAUGAAGGAGAAGAGGUUGAAGAGGACUGCGCUACACUAGGAUCUGCUCCCAGAAACGGGCCGGACAAGAGAUGCCCCUUCC